AUGUCCGCGGCGCAGGGGCGGGCCUCGGGGGCGACGGCUCAGCCAAUGGGCGUGGCGGGAGCGGCUGAGGCAGAGGCGGCCCGGCCGGAGCGGCUCCUGAGGCGAUUCUCGGCGGGCGGCGAUGGCGGCGCCUCGUCUCCCUUCCCGGGCCCGCCGUCGCUGCUGAGCGGGCCGGCCAUGGCCAAGAGCCGCGGCGCGGGCGAGGGAGGCGGCGACGGGCGGGCGGCCUCCGGCGGCGUCCACGCCAACGGCAUGGGCUCGGCGCCCCGCGCCCCGCUGGCUGAGGGCGACGACGACGACGAGGCGGCGUCGGCGUCGGGGGCGGCGGGCGAGAUGGACUCGCGGAGCUCGCUGGGCGGCGGCAGCCUCAGCAGCGACGGCGAGCGGCGCGUCGACAAGUUCGGCUUCCUGGUGGCCGACGGCGGCGACGGAGCCGGGCAGGAGGCGCCGCUGGAGGAGGUGCCCCUGGAGGUGCUGAGGCAGAGGGAGUCCAAGUGGCUGGAUAUGCUUAACAACUGGGACAAAUGGAUGGCGAAGAAGCACAAAAAGAUCCGGCUGAGAUGCCAGAAGGGGAUCCCACCGUCUCUGCGGGGCCGGGCAUGGCAGUACCUCUCGGGAGGCAAAGUCAAGUUGGAGCAGAACGCUGGAAAAUUUGAUGAGCUGGACGUGGCACCGGGAGACCCCAAGUGGCUGGAUGUGAUUGAGCGCGAUCUCCACAGGCAGUUUCCAUUCCACGAAAUGUUUGUUGCUCGUGGAGGCCACGGGCAGCAGGAUUUGUUCCGGGUCCUGAAGGCCUACACGCUCUAUCGGCCGGAGGAGGGCUACUGCCAGGCUCAGGCUCCCAUUGCUGCAGUGCUGCUAAUGCACAUGCCGGCAGAGCAAGCCUUUUGGUGCCUUGUGCAGAUCUGUGAGAAGUACCUUCCUGGCUACUACAGCGAGAAGCUGGAGGCCAUCCAACUGGACGGGGAGAUCCUCUUCUCCCUGCUGCAUCGGGUCUCUCCCGUGGCUUACAAGCACCUGAGCAAGCAGAAGAUCGACCCCAUCCUGUACAUGACGGAGUGGUUCAUGUGCGCGUUCUCCCGGACCCUGCCCUGGAGUUCCGUGCUGCGGGUCUGGGACAUGUUCUUCUGCGAAGGCGUCAAGAUUAUCUUCCGCGUGGGCCUGGUGCUGCUGAAACACACCCUGGGUUCUUCCGAGAAGCUCAAGUCCUGCCAGGGGCAGUAUGAGACCAUGGAGAGGCUGAGGGCGCUGAACCCCAAGUUCAUGCAGGAGACUUUCCUUGUUCAAGAGAUCAUAGAGUUGCAGGUGACGGAGCGUCACAUCGAGCGGGAGCACCUGAUCCAGCUGAAGAAGUGGAAGGAGACCCGCGGGGAGCCGCAGUGCAAGUCCCCUCCCCGCUUCCACGGCGCCAAGGCCAUCAGCGACGCUGAGCCCUGCUCCCGCAAGGCCUUGGAGCCCUCCCCCUCCAUCAUCCUGCCCCCGGGCGCCACCCUCUCGCCCAAGGGCCGCAAGAGCAAACUGCCCAAGGGGGUCAAGAAAGAGGGCCAAGGGAAGGGCAGCCUGGACAACGGGCCCAUCCCCGAAGAAAACGGAUCUCAGACUUUGCCGGAGUCCUCCCUCCUCCGCCACCAGUCCAAGGAGAGCCUCAGCUCUCGGGAGAGCGAGGACACUUACCUGUAAAGCUCACGAUUGCACAUUCCAGGCCACCCACCCAGGCCUGCUCCCGCAGUUGGUCUUGUCGGCCGGACUGUGCCAGGGUAGGGGCAGGAAGCUGGGAUGCUGGGGGUAUCUGCUGUUUCCAUGCGGGCACUCGGGACGCACGUCACGGUGUCCCGCACGCGCCCGGUUGCCAAGGGGAAAGGAACCGAAUACGCCUUUGGCGUCUUGGGUAGGGAGUUCUGAAGAGCGAACGUGCUGUCGAGCUCUGCUGCAGGGGAGUCUUCACGGGUGCGCGGUGGCGGUGUGGCACUCUCAGCGUGGAGUUCGCGAGUAUAGAAACACAGGGGCUUUUUGUGUGUGUGUGUGUGUGCUGCACGCACCACCCCCGCUUCGCAAAUGCUGCUUGGCACAGGCUGGCGAGCAUUCUGCCGGGAAUAAACAGGAGCCGGGGUGACGGCUGGCUCCACCCACGCUGUCCCCCUCUGUCCCAGUGGACGGGGCCGCGUUCAUUCCUCGAUCUCCUGACGCAAUCGCUGGCUCUUCUGUUAGUGCAAUCAAGGCUGCUCAGGGCGUGCCCUGUAUCCAGGGGGGCAGCUGUGCUGCUCCGUUUGACGUUACUUUCCCGCUAGCCUUUCCAGGCCUUCGUUCCUCACAGUUACGUUCUCCAGGUGAGCUUCUUGGGUGCAGGGCAGUUACUCUGCGUUGCUCUGGGUCGGCCUUGGCAAUCCUUUAAGCUUGGAGGGGCCUAGCCCCCCUCCUCAGGUGCUUCCAUUUUUUCCUGCCCCUUACACGGGAACAAUCCGAUGGCCUGCUGGAUUUGUCCUUCAUCCUAUUACUCACACGGCCAAUUAUGACACAUACCCUAUAGCAGAGGAAGAACUCACCCAAGGAAUGUUCCCGCCGACGGCGGAGAUCAUAAAGUGCAGAGCUCUGAGGUGUAUCUGCAGCUACUCUUGCUUUCUUGACCAAAUUGUCAUGUUUACAAUGCUAUAUCACAACCUUCCCCACCACCCCCAGCCUGGCGCUCUCCAGAAGACUUGGACUCCGACUGCUAUCAUCCCCUGCCAGCAUGAACUGGGGAUGAUGGGAGUUGCAGUCCAACUUUUUUUGGGGGGGAGGGCGUCACAUAGGGAGAAGGUUGCUGUAUCACUAAAUUCAUCCAUUUCGGGACCAGCUUUUCUUUCGUUGCAGAAAUCUGACAUUUGGACUGGCUUCAGUGGGGUGUGGGUUCCGACGUGCCUUGUCCUAGGUGCGAGUCCCGGCUCAAGCUGACCGUCGGCGCCUCUGCUCUGGUUUUCCACCGGCUCCCAUCCCCACAGCAGCCGGUUUCCCGACACUAAAGGUCACUUUCGUUGCUUGGCCUCCCAGUCUUCAGGUGAUGGCAGCAAUGCUGAGUUGGACUCGCCCCCCCCCCCCGCCGUUGGUGAAGUGAAAGUUGAGCCCUGAACGGCCAGAGGGCAAAGGGGGCUGAUUGCUGCCACCCUUCACUGUCAGGCCCCACCCAUAAAACCACAGGUUCCACAGCCCUGCCACCACCCAUCUUCUUUGUAGCCUGUUACAAGCUGAGAUUGGACCUUCCUUCCCCAUUUUGAAGGCGGUGGUUGCCAACAGCUUCAUCCCUAUCCGAAGCAAAGAUCUGGGAUCCUCUGCGGUUUAUGAAGGAGGCUCAAGAAUACUUUCCCCCUCCUGCAGCCCUGUCAACAGUAUCUAGGAUUGGGGCUGGGAGGAGCACAAUGCCACUUCUUGCUGCCAACUUUACCGAUGGCCCACAGCGCCAACGCAGGGGUGUAUGUCCGGGGGGACGGGUGGGGGACGGGACUCUUCACAGUACCAGACUGUGACUGACGGGUGGGUUUCGUGUGUGUGUGUGUGUUUUAAGAAAAGAAAAUCAGUUGCUGAAAUAGUUUUGUACAAAAGGCGAAAUAAACCAGAAUUAUGUAAA